AGGCAGGAGCAGCGUCUGGAAGUGCAGGAAUGUGGCGUGUGGAUCCCUUGGCGACUCCAGUCGAGUAACCGUGCGGGAUACCUUGUAGGCGGGUUGAAGCCUGGUCGCGGACUCCACCCGCCGCUGCCGCUAGGAGAAGAGCGGGAACCUCUCGGGCUGGGUGUCCUCAGCUUGGCCCUCAGCCAGCGACGCUGAAAAAGAUAAGGGGAAAGGGGUCGGUGAGGAGAUGCAGGUGAAGUAGGUUUCUCUACAGAUCCAGUGCCUUUAAACCCUGCGCACACUUUUUUAAAAAUGAAAAAAUUAAGGCUUAAGGAGCUAGAGAGUCGCCUGCAACAAGUGGAUGGAUUCGAAAAGCCCAAGCUCCUUCUAGAACAGUAUCCAACCAGGCCGCACAUUGCAGCAUGUAUGCUCUAUACAAUCCAUAAUACAUAUGAUGACAUUGAAAAUAAAGUGAUUGCAGAUCUAGGAUGUGGCUGUGGAGUGCUUAGCAUUGGAACUGCAAUGCUAGGAGCAGGGUUGUGUGUUGGAUUUGACAUAGAUGAAGAUGCAUUGGAAAUAUUUAAUAGGAAUGUAGAAGAGUUUGAGUUAACAAAUGUAGACAUGGUUCAAUGUGAUGUAUGCUCAUUAUCUAACAGACUGUCCAAAUCAUUUGAUACAGUAAUUAUGAAUCCUCCCUUUGGGACCAAAAAUAAUAAAGGGACAGAUAUGGCAUUUCUGAAGACUGCUUUAGAAAUGGCAAGAACCGCAGUAUAUUCUUUACACAAAUCCUCAACUAGAGAACAUAUUCAAAAGAAAGCUGCAGAGUGGAAAGUCAAGAUAGAUAUUAUUGCAGAGCUGCGAUACGACCUGCCAGCAUCAUACAAGUUUCAUAAAAAAAAAUCAGUAGACAUCGAAGUGGAUCUAAUUCGGUUUUCUUUUUAACAGCUUCCAAAGACAAAAGCAGCUUAAAAUCUAAUUAAAAUGAAUUAAAAAUUUGUUUAUU